GAUUUUAUCGUACCAAGGAGAAGAGACGACAGUGGUGCACUGCGCACACGACAUACAGUCGUGACACAUUUCUUUUUCAUCUUUCUUUUCCUACGAGAUAUCCGGGUCCCUACGACUAAAGCAACCGCAUCAACACCAAUCAAUACACCAAAUACGACGUCAAGCGCGAGACAAACGGUUAACUACACGCAUAAACACCAUGGCUAGCAAACAAGCGAGUAAACGCUUGGCGCGCGAAUAUAAGAGCAUAUCAGAAAACCCCCCUCCGUAUAUCAGUGCUCAUCCAUCAGAGGCCAACAUCCUCGAGUGGCACUACAUCAUCACCGGUCCCGAGGACACUCCUUACCAUAAUGGCCAGUAUUGGGGAACCUUGAUCUUCCCACCCAACUACCCCUUUGCGCCUCCGGCUAUUCGAAUGCACACUCCUUCUGGCCGUUUCCAACCCUCCACACGGCUAUGCCUUUCGAUCUCCGACUUCCACCCACGCUCCUUUAAUCCAGCCUGGGAGGUAUCCACCAUCUUAAUCGGUCUGCUAUCUUUCAUGACCUCGGAGGAGAUGACUACCGGCUCCGUCUCGGCUACAGCACACGAGCGACGAAUAUUUGCUGCAAGAUCCAGGUGGUGGAAUUCGACAGGAGGUGGCUCGCAUGCUAAGAAUCCUGCCCAGAAGGGAAACGUAAAAGCCGGAGAUGGUGGUGCCAAGUUCAGGGCCGAGUGGCCCGAAUUAGACAAGGAGAAUUGGCGAUGGAUUGUAGAGAGCAACAUCGACAUAGCUACAGGCGCCAGGAAUGGGGGCGCCUCAUGUGGACCACAACUAGGUAUUGCUGGUGGCAGUGGCGGCCAGACCCAGGCCGUCGUCGAUGCCGUCGUCCAGCGCAGAGACGCCGGAACGGGAUGGCUUAGUCGCAAUAAGCUGUUAGUCUUCGGAGGCGUAAUAUUCAUAUACGUCCUAAUUGCUCGCAUCCUUGGAGAAGGAGAGAGCACUCCUUAAACGGCUAAAGGACCUAGCUGCAUCC